ACAGCCCACCUGCAACAUCGAUAAAGUUAUAAUAUUUAAAUUUUGGAGGGUAAGUUUAAAAUAAUUUGGGAGAUAUCAUUAUUCAUUUUUUAUGAAGUUCAUUACAAUCAACCAGAAAUCCUCUCAUUUUGCUGCUAUUUACUUGUCUAGUUUAACCUCCCUCCCUCUUCAGAGUUUGGUUCAGAGGAAGUCAUGGAGAGCAUCUAUCAUUUCAGCCAUCCACAUCCUUUGGUGCUUGUGGAUAAAGAGCCGGGUAAUCAUGGAAGUCGAAAAGGUUUUUGUUCUGGAUGCAACCAAGCAGCACUAGAGGGUUAUUGUUAUGAUUCUUAUGAAUGCUGGAAAGCAGCAGAGGGUUAUUGUUCUGGAUGCGAGGAAGAAUUAGAGGGUUCCAGCUACGGUUGUGGUGAGUGUGGAUUUUUCCUUCAUAAGAAAUGUGCUGAGCUACAAACGGAGAUCAUUAAUCACCCCCUCCACCCCCAACACCCUCUUUCUCUUCGUUUGAAACCUUAUGCUCCUAAUAGCUGUAAUGUUUGCAGGAAAGUUAUCAGAUUUUCUUAUCGAUGCAAGUCUUGUGAUUUUGAUCUUGACCCUAGAUGUGCUAUGCAUCCUCAAUUUGUUGCUAAAGAGUUUCAAAAGCUUCAACAUUUUAGCCACGAUCAUCCUUUGAUACUUGUUGAAGAUAUUAAAAUUCAAACUAACCGAGAUGCCUGCUUAGGAUGUAUGGAGCCCAUGUACGAGUCCAGUCCAUUGUACUGUUGUCUUAAUUGCGCAUUUCACCUUCAUAAGAAAUGUGCAGAGUUGCCUCCUAAGAUCAAUCACCCUGCCCACCGGAAACACCCUCUAAAGCUUUUGGCCAAACCCCCACCACAUCAGAAGGAAUGUUCUUGUCAUUUGUGCACAAAACCUUAUCAGGGAGGAUUUAUUUAUUGUUGUUCGGUUUGUGAGUUGGGCUUCAAACAUACGGAUCCUAUUUUGCAAACAGUUACAGCUGAAACUCAUCAUGAGCAUUCGUUGAUCCGCCUUUCAGGCACAAUUUCAUUCGUUUGUGAGGCAUGUGGAACUGAUGGAAGUGGUUUUUGCUUUACAUGUGUUGAAUGUAACAUUAUUAUUCAUAUGAAAUGCGCUUCACUUCGUCACACCAUCAAAAUUAUAAGGCAUCCACAUCGACUUUCUCACAUCUAUUUCUUUCGAGAUAAGGAAGCUGGAAAACGUGAAUGCAAUAUUUGUUAUGAUGAAUUAGAUCUGGGAUAUGGGAGUUACUGCUGUGCAGAUUGCAACUAUUUUGCUCAUGUAAAUUGUGCACUUGAUGAAGAUCUUUUGGAAGAUGAAAAUUCCCAAUCAUCAGAUGACUGGACUGCUAUCUUUCCUGCUUUUCAAGAAAUCAAACCUGGAGAGAUAAAGCAUUUCAGCCAUAAACACAACUUAAUAUUGAGUGAUGAUGGGGUUGAGGAUGGCCAAAGUUGUGAAGGUUGCGUGCGUUCCAUCUCUACUUCAUUUUACUGUUGUGCACAGUGCAAUUUCUUUCUCUGUAAGUGCUGUGUUCAUGAGUUACCCAAGAAGGUGCGUCACUGGACUUGCAUGCAUUUAAGAGAACUCUUUUUCUAUUCCAUUUUUGAUUGUGGCCAUUGCCAGUUUUUGAGUAGUGGGUUUGGCUACCAUUGUUAUGGAUGCGGCAAGAUUAUGUGCAUCCGGUGUCAUGAAAUUCUCAACACUCGUAUUGUAAAUAUAGAAGGACAGGAGCACUUUCUUUUCUUUGACCACAAAUACGAAGGGGAAUGUUAUGGUUGUGAUGAUGAUUUUAAUCGAGACAGUUUUAGAUGCAAGGACAAGAAAUGCAAUUUUGCCUUGAAUUAUAGCUGCCUUGUGCUACCAGAAACAGCUCGGUACAAAUAUGACGAGCAUGCUCUCAAGCUUACUUAUCGUGAUGAUCAUGAUCUAAGUCAAUGUAAUUGUGACAUAUGUGAAGAAAAGAGAGAUCCGAAGCAGUGGUUUUAUCAUUGUGCCUAUUGCGAUGUUUCUGCUCAUCCUAAUUGUGUGCUUUGGAGAUCCCCAUUUGUCAAGCUCGGGAAACCAUUCCGGAUUGGUGAUCACGAACACCCUGUCACUUUGGUGAAGAUAGAUUUUUAUCCUCCUAAAUGCAACAAGUGUGGUAAGCCUUGUAGAGAUGAUCUAUCCAUUCAAUGCACAGAGCCAGAUUGCACCUACAUAUUCCAUUGGAACUGCUACCGGAAGCGUAAAUAUUCUUUGGUUCGGUGUCUUCUACAUAGAGACUAAAGAGCUAACAUUGGUAUUGUUCUUACGAUAUUAAUUAUGUCUCUUAUGAAGCUGUUUGUUGAUGUUGUCGGACUGUAACUUAUUUGCUUCUACCAAAUAUGUGAUAUGGCUAUUGUCUGAAUUUUGAAUGUAUUGCUUUAAAUAGUUGUUUUUACUCAUCAAUAAUUCGGUCGUCUCUGUACUUCAAAUACCAGAACAAUAUUUGUUUCUUCUUUUCUUUAUAGAUUUUGAUGUUUAUUUGUUUCUAUGUGUCCUAUUUAUGCUUUCUUUUAUGGUUCAUAUAUUCUCUGCUUAUACUUUUACACAGAGAAUAUAUUCUCUACUUAUAC